AUGUCUUCCACUGGUGUCGAAAUAUCAUAUCCUCCUAACCAUGGAAGUGAGAAAAUCGCUUCAUACAGACAACCUAUAAAUGAGGGUUACUUGAAAGAGAAGUAUGAGGAAGAAGUGCUUGGUUCUUUCUCUCCACCAUAUCACGAUGAUACAAUAUCCGUUAAGCAGACACAUGAUUCUACGCAUCGUCAAUUGAGACCGAGACACAUUCAAUUGAUUGGUAUUGGAGGGACCAUUGGAACCGCUCUUUACGUUCAGAUUGGUCGUGGAUUGAUAAAUGGAGGGCCAGGAAGUUUGUUCUUGGCCUUCACGAUUUGGUGCUGUAUGGCAGAGAUGGUAACUUACCUACCAAUUUCAUCACCCUUCAUCCGAUUUGCUGGUAGAUACGUUGAUGAAGCAUUCGGAGUUGCGGCGGGAUACAACUUCUUCAUAUUCGAAGCUGCCCUUGUUCCAUUCGAAAUAGUAGCUUGUAACGUGAUCAUUCAUUAUUGGAGUGAUGUCGUUCCUGCAGGUGGGAUUAUUGCUAUUGUAAUAGUUCUUUAUGGCUUCAUAAAUGUCUUUGCGGUUAGAUGGUAUGGAGAAUCAGAGUUUUAUCUCGCCAUGGGAAAAGUUCUGUUGAUUCUUGGACUCAUAGUAUUUACUUUCAUCACUAUGAUUGGUGGGAAUCCUCUUCAUGAUCGAUUCGGCUUUCGAUUUUGGUCCAACCCAGGAGCAUUUGCCGAAUUUUACAAAACGGGAUCUCUUGGUCGCUUCCUAGGAUUUCUAAAUUGUCUCAUUCAAGCCUCAUUUACCAUAGCUGGUCCAGAUUAUGUGUCAAUGGCAGCAGGUGAAGCUCAAAACCCUAGGGUUGUAAUGCCUAAAGCAUUCAAUGGUGUUUUCUACCGUCUUACAGCAUUUUUCGUGUUAGGAAGUUUGGCUGUGGGUAUCUUGGUUCCUUAUGAUGACCAAGAACUCAAGGAUGCUUUUACAAACGGUCUUCCUGGAGCCGCAGCCAGUCCUUAUGUAGUCGCUAUGAAUCGACUUCGAAUCAGGGUCCUUCCCGAUAUUGUUAAUGCUAUGGUUCUCGGAGCAGCUUUUUCUGCAGGGAAUUCUUACGUUUAUUGUGCAUCUAGAUCACUUUUUGGUCUUGCUCUCGAAGGAAAAGCUCCCAAAUUUCUUACAAAAUGCACGAAGCAAGGCGUUCCAAUUUACUGUGUUGGAGUUACGUUGGCUAUUGCAUUGUUGAGCUUUUUGCAAGUAUCAAAUAAUGCAGCGGUUGUCCUUCAAUGGUUUGUUAAUUUGGUUACUGCAAGUCAAUUGAUUAAUUUCAGCGUGAUGGCAUAUACGUUUAUUUGUUGGAAAAGAGCAUGCGAUGCACAAGGACUAGAUAGAGAUACUUUACCUCAUAAAAGUUUCUGGCAGCCAUUCUGUGCAUACUAUGCAUUAACUGGAUGUUUUAUCAUGACCUUUGUUGGCGGAUAUCCUGUUUUUCUCCCUGGCUCCUGGGAUAUUCCAACUUUUCUCUUUUCUUAUGCAAUGAUUGGUGUUUUUCCAAUUAUCUUCUUCGGGUGGAAAAUGGUCAAGAAAACAAAAUGGUUAAAACCACGUGAGGUGAUUUUGAGAACACAAGAAGUAGAAGAAAUUGAGGAGUAUAUGAGGAAUUAUGUUGAGAGACCUCCUAAAACUAGAUGGCAUGGUUAUGUGGAUAGAAUCUUCAAUUAG